UCCUUUUCUCUAUAUAUGCCAACCUUCCUCCCCUGGCCUCAUCAAAUCAGCCCUUUUGCCUCCUCUUCCUCUUUUCUUUGUCUUAGGCAUUUUCACAAACACAUUGUAGACCUUCCAAACAGGAAAAUGGCGUUUCUUGGAUUAGUCUUGGUGGGUCUUCUUCUAUCUUUGGGAUGUGAUUCUGUUCAUGGCAACAAUGGAGGAGGAGGUUGGACUGAUGCCCACGCCACGUUCUACGGUGGGGGCGACGCUGCUGGUACAAUGGGAGGGGCUUGUGGGUAUGGAAACCUAUACAGCCAGGGAUAUGGGACGAACACAGCAGCUCUGAGCACAGCCCUAUUCAACAAUGGACUGAGCUGUGGGGCUUGCUUCGAAAUCAAGUGCGUAAAUGACGCAAGAUGGUGUCUUUCAAGCUCCAUUGUGGUCACUGCCACCAACUUUUGUCCACCAAACAACGCGCUCCCCAACAACGCCGGCGGCUGGUGUAACCCUCCACAGCACCAUUUCGAUCUCUCCCAGCCCGUCUUCCAGCAAAUCGCCCAUUACAAAGCCGGCAUUGUCCCAGUGGCAUACAGAAGGGUUUCUUGUCAGAAGAAAGGAGGCAUCAGAUUCACAAUCAACGGCCAUUCAUACUUCAAUUUAGUUCUUAUAACCAACGUCGGGGGCGCUGGGGAUGUUCAUGGAGUGUGGAUCAAAGGGUCGAAAACAGGGUGGGAAGCAAUGUCAAGGAACUGGGGCCAGAACUGGCAGAGCAAUUCGUAUCUGGAUGGACAAAGGCUAUCGUUCAAAGUAACCACCGGCGAUGGGCGGACGGUGAUAUCCAACGGCGUAGUGCCAGGUGGGUGGAGAUUCGGUCAGACAUUUAGUGGGCUGCAGUUCCCAUGAGCCGGAAGGCAACAUCAGAAGAAAACAGAACAGAGUUUAUUUUCCUCAAGUCUUUUUAAAAACCUUUUAGGAAGUUGUGCUAGAAAUUUGCAGUGUUGGAGUGGGCACUGUUUUUAAUGUGUCCUCUUUCUCCCUUUGCUUUGGUAUUUAGUGUUUUAGAGAGAGUUUGUGGGUUUGGGCUUGGGGUUCUGCUGUGUGUUUUGAAGGCAAUGGCAGUGUGAAAGAUGGUGGCAGCGGUAGGCAUUUGACACCCGCCACUUUGUUUCUGCGUUAUAGCUUAGGACAUGGGAGUGUGUGGGGUUUAUAAUAUGUAGUUUUGUAUUAGGUUGGUUAACUCAAGAGGCUGUAUUAAGAGAUGUCUGUAACUACAUCUCUUUUGAUACCUAUUAAUGUUCUUCUAGAUUUGGUGUCCUAUUUUCA